CGUUCCAGAGCAGCCGGUGGUGGAGUUGGGAGGCCUGGUGGCCCUGGGCAGCGGAGACCCCAGUGGCAUGAGGCGGCAGGAGGCGCUAGUGGUGACGGCAGGGACAGCAUCGGAGGCGGGCCGCGACGGGGAACAGCCGAGGCCCACAGGGCUGGGGUGCAGGGCUCGUAUAGAGCCCGGAGGCCCCCAAGAGCCCCGCCAACAAUGGAAGACAUUUUUAUACUGCGAGCCCCAUAAGAGAAUCAAGGAGGUUUUGGAGGAAGAACUUUCUAUCAAGAGGGAUGAAUGCCAUGUAAAAAGCCCACCUGCAGUGGCCCUGGAUGGAAUUUGGAGCAUUAAAAGGAAUCUCCCGGUGGGAGGCAUGAUACCAGGACAGCAGAGCAGAAACAGUUCACUCCCACAAGCCAAGUACUAUUCAAGGCAUGGAGGGCUGAGAAGCCCACAGGUCUGGACUACAUUUCAGCUGAUCUAG